AAUUGACAACUAUUACAGUAACUGCGCUCAUUGCCUCCGCCGGUGUAGUACCCGCCUGAACAAGGGAAAUCGUGACUUCUCAUGUUCGUCAUCAUUGUUUGAAGCAGGAAGUCUGUGGGUUUUCUGAUUGGACAGAGUUCAACCAUUUAUUUACUUUCAAUUUUGAAAGGAAGGAAAGUUACUGUACCGUGUGCUCUAACACCAAUUUUUUUUUCUUGGGAAUAAAUUAUCGGUACACGUAUUUUUGUGUGGUCAAAUCUACGAAAUUAAGAGGUUUGCGACCACCACGGUUGCUGUAGUACGGGGAAGUUUUUGGCUUAGCUGAGAGUACACGUAGGUGUAGCUGUAUUGUCUGCACUAAGAAAAACCCGGAAACCUGCCUACGCAAUACAAUGGAUGUUCCCCAACUUACUGAAGACGAAAUGGCUGAAAUAAAAAAGGAUGUACUAGAACGAUUGAGACCAUAUCUGUGUGAUAAAAUCAUGGCUGAAAGACAUUUUGACUAUCUGCGUGCCAAGAAGAUCCUCACCAGAGAGGACACAGAGGAGAUCAGCUGCAGAACCACAAGUAAAAAGAAGACUGGAAAGCUGCUUGACUAUCUGGCGGAGAACCCAAGGGGUCUGGACACUCUGAUUGAAUCCAUCCAGCGUGGGAGAAUCCAGAAUUUCAUCAUCACUAAAAUCACUGAUGAAGUACAGAAGGUCAGAAAUGAAAGACUGGAAAGCAUGAAAGCCGGAGCCACCUGUAGCAGCUGCAUGCCACCCAAGUGUAUGGGUGCAACAAACAACCUCUCCAGAACAUUUUCAUAUGAGUCCAACUAUGAGAAAGGCAGAGAUCCCACUUUGCUGUUCCACCCUGAAGGGGAAUGGAGUCCUGGCACAUCCACUGCUGUUUGCUCAAUGAAUUUGCCAUAUGGAUCCAUGUUGGAAAAGGGAACUAGAGUAACCAGUAGCAGUGUGUCUUCCACACUUCCAAAGCCUGGAGACCCGGGGGCGCCAGCACUCCCUGAGGAACUGCAGCCAGAGCCCGAGGGGACCUGUGGAAGCACCAGCAGUGAUGCACAGUUUCAGCCACUUCGCUCGAGGUCUCUGUCAUCAUCACAGCCUCACUUUUCCUAGGAAGAAAUAAUAACUUAUUUUCUCUCUGAAUUUAAGGUGGUUUGGGGGAUUCUGAUGUAUGAAUAAUCUGUACAGUACCUUGAAACACUCAAUCAUACAUUUUGAGGUAAAACUAUAAGAAAUCAAGCUUUGGAUUACAUUUGGAUUACAUUUGGAUUACAUUAUGGUGCCGCUAUCCUUUUAGGUGCUUUUAAAAAAUACCAGAUUUCAAAACAAACAAUAGCUGUGGUAAAGAGAGCUGGUUGAAGGCAUAUACUGUUGUCAUUUUAUAAUUGCACAGAGUAAUCAUAGUUCUUUGGUACUUUUUAAAUCCGCAUUUUAAGUGGCACUAUAAAUGAAUCGCAGUCAAGUCAAUAAACAUUUCACUUUAUACCUUCAUAACCUGAUGAAUUUACCCACCAUCACACAUUAUUCUUUUUGUGGUGCAAGAACCUGUGUUAUCUGACCAAAAUUAAUUGAAGGUCCAAGUGCUGAAAAGACUACAGUACCUUGCAUGAUUAUAAAUGAAAAUACCAACAGCCAUUUCAGUAGUUCGGGACAAACACCAAUCAUAAAAUGUUUUAGUACAAAUAUUUAUUGUAGAGAAUGCGGAGUAUGCGAUUUAACAGAAAAGUAUGCUGUAUAUACACAUUCAUUUGGCAUCAAACCUAACUUGGUUUGAGGGUUCGCUGCCUGGCCAACUGGACGAGGCUGAGACCCCCAUUUGAUAAAACAUAAAAACUGUUAUUAAGAAAGGUGGAGAUGGGGAGGUGGUGGGUUACGAUGAAAUCAAAACGCAACUGAGAGAUAAGUGAAGAGGGUAUUUAUAGUGCUAACAAUUUAAAUUAGCUAAUGUGUAAAUUGAAUGUAAAUUCAAUUUGGUGAUGCAGAGAUUGGUGUCUGACCCUCCUCCCGAACUUUAAUUAUAAAUUUCAUUUAGACAAAUGAGGAUGGUAAGCUCAUGCAAUAAGUAACAAGAAUAUUUAGUCUGUCCAAUACAAGUGAAAAUCUCAGAUGAGGGGGGUAUAGUUAGUCUCUGUAAUAAAGGCAGACAUUAUGUAUUGCCCACAUACCUUGUUUGGGUUGAAUAAACACAUAAUUAAUGUAUUUAUAUUUUUGUUCCCUUGGAAUUGACUCUUACCUAUGGUUUCACGGACCCUGAUUAGCACUCAUCUUGGACUACUUGAUGUUAAUUAGAUAAGAUAGUCUAGGACCAGUGCUAAUCAGGGUCUACAAAACCACCCCUUAUUGUCUUGUUCAUAGAGGUGUGUUAUAGGAGAAGCAUAGCCAGAGCGUAAGCUUAAUUUAGUGAGGAAUGACAAAUAUAUCAACUCUUUAAGGCCUUGUUGAAAGUUAUAACAAUAACUUCUGCCAACCAGAGAAUGUUCAAAUACACAAUAUGUCGAUAUAUCUACAAUAUGUCUAUUUUCAACUGUAAUACUGCCAAAUAAUCUGGUUUUACAAAUCAAAUGUAUUCUAAUUAGACAUGUCAAUGUUGAUUCAUCAUAUAAAGCAGUUAUUUCUUUAAUGUUUAGGUUUCUUUAUAUUUAAGAUUUGAUUGAUUAAAACUAGCUUUUGCGAUUAAUGGUAAAAUAUAAUCUUUUCUGAUUGUAUUACAACUCUACAAAUCUCAACAAAAAUAGUGAAUGCAAGGCAUCCCGACACAUGCACUAGCCAAACCUGCAGGUGAACAAUGUGUCUGUCUAUGAAGCAACAAGUUGACAGACUUCUUGUAAAACUUUUUUUCAAAGUCUGUUUUUAUAAAAUACAGUUUGGCAUCCAUAAAACUCUCGUAGACUGCUGGUGCUGUGUUUAAGAACAGUUAAGAACCUUUUCAUGGCUGUAAAUGAUUCUUUUUGGGCUGUUAUUAUUUUUAGUAUUGUAGGUCAUGGUGUAUUCUGUAUUGUGUAAUGAAUGACGUUGGUUGCAAAUGUAACAAACGACAAAGAAUAUUAUAGGAAGUUAAAAUCUGAAACAUGUUGUAAGUUGAUGCCAAAGGUAAUAAGGGCAUUUAUUCCUACAAUGUAUCAUUUUACAAUAUUUAAUGAUUUACCUUUUGCCACAGUUCUGGUUCUGAAACUGUUUCUCUGGCUAAAAACAAUUAUUUGAGUUGCUAAAUUUGAAUUUGGUUCCUCAGUGCAGGAAACAGUAAUUGUUUGAAUUGCCUUUAUAGUAUUUUUACUGGAUGAAUAAUGUAUUAAUUGACAUUUGGUGGGGAGAUUCAGAUGUUAAUACACUGCACAGUCUAUAUUUUAUUAAAGCUAUUAAAAAAUGUUCAAAGCAGAGAAAAAUGUAUUAGAAAUAAAAAUAAUAAUUAGGAGUUUACAGUUAAAAAUCCUCUGUUAUUUACCCAUUAAGUCUGUGCUGCUGGCAUACAUAACAGUGUACACUACUGAGGUACAUCACUGUGUAGGUUUAUACAGUCCAUAUAUGAAGAGACAUCCUUAAAAAUUUUUUAUAUCUAUCAUUAUAUAAUCCUACAUUAAGAAAAUUGUAUUGGGGUGUGAACUUGUUUGUGGAUUCUGUUCACUGUCAAAAAUAAAUACAGUAAAAGCGCCAUGUAUGGUUGCCUGAAGUUCUGAACUAAGUGGUCAGUGACCUGUGCUUACUACUCAGUAAAUCGAAUGCACAAGAAUGAGAGGGGCAUGUUAAAUAAGCAGACAUCUGUCUUGGGUAACUGAACGUUCAGUGAUCACAUUUGUAUGUAUCAUCAGUGUAUUCCAUUAAAUAAUCCUUUGUCCAAAACA